GAUCGGAUAGCCCUUACCGCCCGCUCCGACCAAGUUAAAGAUUCAAGAGUGCCCUCGAUCUAGUAGUCGGAUUGUGCCUGGCGUAGGCGAGCCUGCAUUUGUGAACCCUGGACAGGCUGAAGCGCGAGGUGGCAGGGCUGAUCGCACUCAAGAACUGACCUUGCUGAUUUGAGCUUCCCACUCACCACAUUGCACCUCAUGGCGGCCUCCUUGUCUGCCGCGGCCGGCAUCUCGCCUUGCUUCUCCCCUUGCGCCAGGCAACACGCCGCGGCAUCCUCAGAGAGCCUCGCUGCGUCCUCAUUGCCCCUCCGGCAUGCAUCUUCUUGUUGCAUAGCACCGUCUCUGGGGCUGCCGGCGAAGGGGAGAGGAGCUCUGGGUUCGAGAUCUAAUGCGGGAAAGUUGAGACGGCCGGCGCGGGUUGUUGUAGCUCAGGCUGGGGAGACCGGGGUGACGUCAAGCACUGGGGUCACAAGCAAGGGCAAGGAGAUUGUACCAGACAAUGACUUCAAUGUAGCCAAGGUGUCGUUCGGUACCGUUGGCGCAUUUUUAGGUGUUGGCUUGCUAACGUUCGGUUUCGGUUCAUACUUCCAGCUAACCCCCGGGGGCGACUUCUCCGCCCUUCUCCUCACAUAUGGCUUCCCCCUGUUUCUCAUCGGGUGCGCUCUCAAGUAUGCGGAGCUGAAACCAGUGCCGUUGAUCAGCUACGCGGAUGCGUAUGCGCUGCGGUCAUCGCAGGCCACCCCGAUCCUGGAGCAGGUGCGAAAUGAUGUCACGCGGUAUCGCUACGGAGAUGAGCAGCAUCUAGAGGAAGCCCUCAAGAGGAUCUUCCGGUACGGCCAGGGAGGCGGCAUCUCGCGCCGGGACGCUCCCGUGCUGACCGCCAUUCGGGAGGAGGUCCAGAACGGGCGCUACACGCUCGCGCUCAUCUUCGACUCGAAGCUCUCCAAGGAGCAGUGGGAAGAGAAGCAGGCGAAGUUCACGUCCUUCUUUGGCCCCGGGGUCACAGCAGAUAUUCUUGAGGCCGGGAACAACGUUUUCGAAGUCAAGCUGGUUGCGGACGGAGGUCCCAAGUAGGUCAACAGUCCAGCUUUACGUUGUCGUGGGGAGAAGACCGCAAUUUUUGAAAAUUCUUGGAACAUUUUCCAGGUCGACAGGUUCGUUUUGUGGGGCCUGAGUACAAGCCCAAAUUCCCUCUUCAUGGCGCUGUUCCUCUUGCACGUUUGGCAGCAAUGCUCCACGUCUGCCUGUUGAAAGCCCCCAAACAUGCUGUGAUCGAGCCCUCAUGUCUCCUCCAAAGGAUCAAAAAGUGGCUGUAUUGGAGCGGGUCGAGAGGCCCCGUGGGCCUCUGGCUGUGUGUCAGAAAGGAUCG